UCAGCGGCUCGGCAGUCCCGCCUCCUGCCGGGAAGCCCCGCCUCCCGUGAAUCAGCUGAUCUCUCGGACCGGCCGGGCUGCCAAUCUCGCGCCAGGAGCAGACGCGGUGCUGCCGGCGGAUCGUCAGGAUUAUUUGGUGAUGGAGUGCUCCCCCUGACCGAUGGACUCAAAAAAGAGAAGCUCAACAGAGGCAGAAGGAUCCAAAGAAAGAGGCCUGGUCUGUAUCUGGCAGGCAGGAUCCCAUUCCCUAACACCAGAGAGAUUGCCAGGUUGGGGAGGAAAGACCGUUCUACAAGCAGCCCUUGGAGUGAAACACGGAGUUCUGCUGACUGAAGAUGGUGAAGUCUACAGCUUUGGGGAACUCCCCUGGAGAAGUGAACCAGCAGAGAUCUGUACAGGCAAGCCCAUUCUAGAAAAUGCCCUGGCUGGGCAACACGUCAUCACUGUGGCCACAGGGAGUUUCCACACUGGAGCAGUGACAGAAAGCGGUGUCGUGUACAUGUGGGGGGAUAACUCCGCAGGCCAGUGUGCGGUGGCCGACCAGCGCUACGUUCCAGAGCCGAGUCCCAUUAGUAUUUCCGACUCUGAGACCAGUCCUCUGUUAGCUGUCAGGAUUUUGCAGUUGGCCUGUGGUGAGGAGCACACUCUGGCAUUGUCACUCAGCAGAGAGAUUUGGGCAUGGGGUACCGGCUGUCAGUUGGGGCUCAUUACCAGUACCUUCCCAGUGACAAAACCACAAAAGGUCGAACAUCUUGCCGGCAGAGUAGUGCUGCAAGUUGCCUGUGGUGCGUUCCACAGCUUAGCUCUUGUCCAGUGCCUCCCUUCUCAGGAUCGGAAGCCAGUCCCAGAGAGAUGCAACCAGUGCAGCCAGCUCUUAAUUACCAUGACUGACAAAGAAGACCAUGUGAUUAUAUCUGACAGUCACUGUUGCCCACUGGGUAUAACUCUGUCAGAAUCUCAGGCGGAAAACCAGGCCAGCACUGGCAUCAGCCCCUCCGCUGACACCCUUUCAAGUCAGGGAGAAGUGUUUGACAACACGCUUGUAGAUGACCAGCCUGUUGCUGCUGACCGGAAGGUUGAAAAUGGUCAGACGACAAGCAGUGAUGCCAUUUUCUCCCAACAAGACAUCAAGGGAGCAACUGAAAUUCCUUCAGCCCGAAAUACACCAUCGCACCUUGACACUCAGACAGUCACUGAAGGUGCACAGAAACCGUCCAGUCAGUCCGUAAGAGAGAACACAGAGAAGGAAGAAAAGUCAGUGUCAUCACAGCCUCUUGUGGAAGAAGUGAUUCCUGGUCUUCACAGCCCACCAACCACAGCCACCUCAGCCCUAAACAGCCUCGUUGUCUCCUGUGCGUCUGCUGUUGGUGUGAGAGUGGCUGCUACCUACGAAGCUGGGGCCUUGUCUCUAAAGAAAGUUAUGAACUUUUACAGUCCUGCCCCUGGCGACCUGGGAGCUCAGGUAGGCAGUGCUCCCAUAGGCCCAGAAGGUCUGAAAGAUAGCAGAGAAGAGCAGGUAAAGCAGGAGUCAAUGCAAGGGAAGAAAAGUUCAAGUCUUAUGGACAUCAGAGAAGAAGAAUCAGAGGGAGGCAGCCGAAGACUCUCCCUCCCGGGGUUAUUGUCACAAGUUUCCCCCAGACUCUUAAGAAAAGCUGCUCGGGUGAGAACACGAACGGUGGUUCUGACCCCCACGUACAGCGGAGAGGCAGAUGCGCUCCUGCCCUCCCUGAGAACAGAGGUGUGGACCUGGGGGAGAGGGAAGGAAGGACAGCUGGGCCACGGCGAUGUUCUGCACAGGCUUCAGCCACUGUGUGUGAAAUGUCUAGAUGGUAAAGAAGUUAUCCAUCUGGAAGCAGGUGCUUACCAUUCUCUAGCACUGACUGCAAAGUCCCAGGUUUACUCGUGGGGUAACAAUACCUUUGGUCAGCUUGGCCACUCUGAUUGUCCAACAACAGUUCCUCGUCUUGCAAAGGUAAAUGGUGAAAAUGGAUUCUGGAGUGUAGCUGCAGGCCAGGACUAUUCUGUGUUUUUAGUGGAUACAGAAGACUUUCAGCCUGGACUAUAUUACAGUGGCAGACAGGAUUCUACAGAAGGAGACAACUUUCCAGAUACUCACAGUGGUAUUAAGACUCCAGUGCUUCUCUCCUGUAGUAAGCUGGGGUAUAUAAGCAGAGUGACUGCAGGAAAAGACAACUAUCUAGCCUUGAUGGACAAAAACAUUAUGGGAUACAUUGCCAGCCUCCAUGAGCUAGCUACUACAGAAAGACGGUUCUACUCAAAACUAAGCGAUAUCAAAUCGCAGCUUCUCAGGCCUCUUCUCAGUUUGGAGAAUUUGGGCACUGCAAAUACAGUCCAGUUGUUGCAGGAAGUGGCGAGCCGAUUCAGCAAGUUGUGCUACUUAAUUGGUCAGCACGGGGCCUCACUGAGCAGCUUCCUUCAGGGACUAAAGGAAGCGAGGAGUUUGGUCAUUCUGAAGCAUGCAAGUCUCUUCUUGGAUAGUUAUACAGAGUAUUGCACAUCUAUUACAAAUUUCCUUGUGAUGGGAGGGUUCCAGCUUCUUGCUAAACCUGCCAUUGAUUUUCUCAAUAAAAACCAGGAACUAUUGCAAGGCUUAUCAGAAGUGAAUGAUGAAAAUACCCAGUUGAUGGAAAUACUGAAUACAUUGUUUUUCUUGCCAAUCAGACGACUUCACGGUUACGCUAAGGUCUUGUUGAAGCUUGCUACAUGCUUUGAAGUGACAUCCCCAGAAUACCAGAAGCUGCAGGAUUCCAGCGCUUGUUAUGAGUCUCUUGCUCUCCAUCUUGGCAGGAAAAGGAAGGAAGCAGAAUACACGCUGGGCUUUUGGAAGACCUUUCCUGGAAAAAUGACGGACUCUUUGAGGAAGCCAGAGCGCCGGCUACUCUGUGAGAGCAGUAACCGAGCCUUAUCUCUGCAGCAUGCUGGGAGGUUCUCUGUGAACUGGUUCAUCCUUUUUAAUGAUGCCCUUGUCCAUGCCCAGUUCUCCACACACCAUGUCUUCCCUUUGGCCACUCUGUGGGCAGAACCUCUUUCUGAAGAAGCUGGCGGUGUGAAUGGAUUAAAGAUAACCACACCUGAGGAGCAGUUCAUUCUUAUUUCAUCAACACCCCAGGAGAAGACUAAAUGGCUACGGGCUAUAAGCCAAGCUGUGGAUCAAGCUUUGAGGGGAACUUCUGACCUUCCACCUUUUGGAAGUAGCAGCAGUAUCCAGAGGCAGGAGCCUCCCAUCUCUCGCAGUGCCAAAUACACUUUCUACAAGGAUCCUCGCCUGAAGGAUGCGACCUAUGAUGGGCGCUGGCUCUCUGGGAAGCCACAUGGCAGAGGCAUUUUGAAAUGGCCAGAUGGAAAGAUGUAUUCCGGCAUGUUCAGGAAUGGCUUGGAAGAUGGGUAUGGAGAAUACAAAAUCCCAAACAAAGCACUGAAUAAAGAGGACCAUUAUGUGGGCCAUUGGAAAGAAGGGAAGAUGUGUGGCCAAGGAGUCUAUAGAGAUCAAGCUCUUAUCUUAUUUUUUAUGCUCUCUUUAUUUUCUGUCCUAUGUUUUUGCAGGGGAGAAAAGUACAUGGGAAUGUGGCAAGAUGAUGUCUGUCAGGGGAAUGGUGUGGUCGUUACCCAAUUUGGGUUAUACUAUGAAGGCAACUUUCACCUCAAUAAAAUGAUGGGAAAUGGAGUUUUGCUCUCUGAAGACGAUACUAUCUAUGAAGGAGAAUUUUCAGAUGAUUGGACUCUGACUGGAAAGGGAACAUUGACUAUGCCCAAUGGAGAUUAUAUUGAAGGAUAUUUUAGUGGAGAAUGGGGAUCUGGAAUAAAAGUCACUGGUAGCUACUUCAAACCUACUCUUUAUGAGAGUGACAAAGAUAAAUCCAAAGUUUUCAGGAAACUUGGAAACCUGGCAGUGCCAGCUGAUGAGAAGUGGAAAGCAGUGUUUGAUGAGUGCUGGCGUCAGCUGGGCUGUGAGAAUGCAGGCCAAGGAGAAGUCUGGAAAGCAUGGGACAGUAUUGCUGUGGCCCUGACCACCAACCGGCGCCAGCACAAAGACAGUCCAGAGAUACUGAGUCGUUCACAGACUCAGACACUAGAGAGCUUGGAGUACAUCCCUAAGCAUGUUGGUGCCUUCUCUGUGGAGAAAUACGAUGAUAUCAAGAAAUAUUUAAUAAAGGCCUGUGACACUCCGAUGCACCCCCUGGGCAGGCUCAUGGAGACACUGGUCGCAGUGUAUAGAAUGACAUAUGUGGGCGUGGGAGCCAACCGCAGGUUAUUACAAGAGGCUGUGAAGGAGAUUAAGUCCUACCUUAAACGCAUGUUCCAGCUGGUGAGGUUCUUAUUUCCAGAGCUUCCUGAAGAGGGCAGCACAAUUCCUCUCUCUGCUCCCCUGCCAACUGAAAGGAAGUCCUUCUGUAGUGUGAAGUCAGACUCCAGAUCUGAGUCACCGGAGCCUGGCUACGUGGUCACAAGUUCCGGGUUACUGCUUCCUGUGCUCCUACCUCGCCUCUACCCACCGCUGUUCAUGCUUUAUGCCCUGGAUAAUGAUCGCGAGGAAGACGUCUACUGGGAAUGUGUCCUGCGACUGAAUAAGCAGCCAGAUACUGCCCUGCUUGGCUUUCUUGGGGUCCAGAGGAAAUUUUGGCCAGUGACCUUGUCAAUCCUUGGCGAGAGUAAAAAGGUCUUGCCAACCACAAAAGAUGCCUGUUUUGCCUCUGCCAUUGAGUGUCUACAGCAAAUCAGCACGACAUUUACUCCAUCAGACAAACUUAAAGUCAUCCAGCAGACCUUUGAAGAGAUCUCUCAGAGUGUCCUGGCAUCCCUUCAGGAAGACUUCUUGUGGUCCAUGGAUGACCUGUUCCCUGUUUUCUUAUAUGUGGUGCUGCGGGCCAGGAUUAGGAACCUGGGCUCUGAGGUGUACCUCAUUGAGGAUCUGAUGGACCCAUAUCUUCAGCAUGGGGAACAGGGUAUAAUGUUCACCACCUUGAAGAAUCCUCAAGUCAAAAAGAGCAAAAAUACUUCUGACGAGGAAAAUAGACCCUUCUUGCCAGUUUGUAAACUAGAAAAUUGCAAUAAUUAAGGCAUGUUACUACCAGAUCCAACGCGAGAAGCUUAACUAGGCUACGUAAAAGCUUGGCAACAGGAUUAUCUGUAGAGUGUCACAGCACCAUCUGGCAUCUUGCUGUAGCGGUGUUGAAAAUAGAACGUGUUAUUUUGACUGUGAUUCUGAGCCUUAUUAAUGAGUAGAGCCCUGAACCCAAGGGGGGGGGGGGGGACUCAUUCAAAGGGGAGGAUGAAAAAGGACAGAAGUCAAAGUAGGCCAGUCUUUGGCCUAUGUUAAGUUCCUAAAAUAUCACACAUCAACUGUGUGUGUUGGGGGGGGGGGGGGGACCUGCUCCUUCCUACACUAAAGAAUAUUCCAGCUACAGGAAAUUCUAAGACAAGUCCUCAGUGGCACUUCUUCCCAUAAAGAAGGUGAUGAGUCCAUUUGGAAUCUCUGUUUUGCCUGCAGUACCCAGCCCUCCCGGCAAGGAGCAGACUACUUCCUAGAUCUCUUGCAUCGCUGUGUGUCAUGCAUCUUUGCUGUGUGUGAGGGGGAGGGGAGGCUUUCAAACUGCAGUUUUAACUUUUUCUAGACUUUUCCACCAAGGUAUUCAUGAUGGGAGAAGUUCUCUCUAGUGACUCCCUCACCCAGUCCCCAAUAAGGAACACAUCCAAACAGGAAUCUCCUGCCUUGUGACUGGACUAAAAGAGCAUAGGAAUUUUGUCCUUGGUUUUCUACAAGGCUCUAGGGUUAAUACACUGGAAUUCAGACACAGACUCUCAGCUGCUGUGGAGCCUCCUCCGCCCAUGUGCAAAUGCUCUUUCUCAUGGCCUAUAAAGAGCUCUGCAUGGAGUCUGCGUUUGGAAUGGCAAUGAAGAUGGAACUACUGCAGCCAAGAACUACACCACCCCCAGCCUAGUGCUGUAGCUCUGCACUGUGUCUCGCACUGAAUUCAGAGGGGAAGGAAAAGGAAAGGAGCUUUGGCUUCCCCCAUCUCCAGAGUAUUGUGACACCUCACCAUUUUAGUGUUUUGGUUUUUUUCCUUUAAAAAAAAAUUGUCCUGUCAUAAGUGGUUGGUUUACGUUGUACACAUAACACUAGUAGCUAUUUUAAAUAACCUGGUGCUGUUCCUCAUCUCAUCUACACACCCCGGUGAGCAUGUGGACUACACUUCUCAUGUGCGUCAACAUCAGCAGGCGGUGGUCACUUUUGAAACAGAAUCAUGGUUUCUGCUCUAUACUUUAUAAUCAAGACAAGUGUUGAUUAAAAAAUAAAUGUACUGUUUUGGAAUGUUGGCUGGAAUGUGACAGCAAUUUUCAUAAUAAAAUGCACUCACCUUUA